UUAAAAUUCUUAUCGUCCUAUGACACACAAAUGACCUCUGAAAUCGUAGGACAUUACUUUUUUUAGGAAGAAAGGUUUACUGGUGGCCCGAAGGCCUUUCCAGUUUCACCAGGACAGGGCAUUCUGACACAUAGAGCCCAAGCGCGCUAUCUCGAUGUGAUUUGAUUGUGUGAUUUAUAAAUAGGAAGGGCAGGUGGGGAGUGUCAUCAGUACACUGGAGCGGAUCUCAGGAUCAAGUUUGAAUUUUACGCCGACAUAACUAUCACAAACAGAAUCAUGUCUGUCCCAACAGUAACGGUAAGGGAAUUGUCUGACGCGAUCAACGACAACACCGUCAACGCGACCCCUAAAAAGGUCUUGGAAGGUAUCCUCAACGACUACAUGGACCUUCAGUACGCCAAGGAGACGCCGUACACCACAGGCAAGCAGGUCCUUCCCACCGGCACGACUAUUGAUGACGUAGACAAGUCCAUCUCUGACGACAGCGUCGAGAAGAAGUUCAACGAUCUCUUUGUGAAAAUUUCCGAGACGGAAAAGAGCGGUGACCAUUCACCCCAAUCAAAGAAUGACGGAACAUGGGAUUCAAAACUUUCUCCCGUCUUAGUUUUAGUUAGACCUAAUCUGUAAGCUAUUUAAAUUAGAACUAAUUGUUUUUUUUUUGUUUCAGCAUUUUUCUUACUUAUAUGUAUCGCUUUUAAUUUAUUUAAUAAAACAAUAGGUUAACUGUCA